AUGUCUCUACAACAAGCAGGAAGACAUUCUACAGAGGCUUUCAAUGAAACAUGUCUGUCAAUAAAUUCAACUCCUCACAUCGUCCACGGCCUUCUCCCUGCAGCCAGCAUUGUUCUGAAGCCAGCUGUGCCCCACACGCCUCCUCCCAGCAGCCCCAACCCGUCUCCAGAGAGACCAACAUCUGCUCUGGCUGCAGCCAUUCUGGUGACGACGUUAACUGGCCGGACCGUUGCCAUUCCUCAGCCUCGCCAGCGAUCUCGGUCUGAGAGCGACACGACAUCCGUGGAAAAGGACAGCUCCAUCGAGCCCUAUGCCACCUCCUCAGAGCUGAGACUUCGACUAAAUGGGCAGAGUGAGGUGGGAAGAAGAAGUUCUCUGCCGUCCUUUGAAGCACUGGGCUAUGGGGAAGAAGAGGACGUUGAAUCUCAGCUGUCAUCCAUGCGAGCUUUCGGGGAUGUCAGUGCCCAGAAAGAAGAGGGAGGUGGCAGUGAUGACGUGUAUGCCGUGCCACACAGAAAUCAGGUGUUUUUCCUGUUCCAAAGUGUCUUGACGUUCACCUUGACGUUAACUUUCAAAAAUGGCGCUUCUAAGUGGGGAGAUGACAACAUAAGAAGUUUGUUUCAAGAAGAUUAUUCUGGCUACACCAGACGGUUUGGCAUGUACAACUUCGAAGAAAAAUUAAUGUCAUUGCAUAAAGAUUCUGGCGAGAAAACUGAGAAUUCUAGAAGUGCUGGAGGUCACCAAAUUAGUAGUGAUUUAUUUCUAAUUCUCUUAUCUGGGGAUCAUUUCUUCAGCAACUUCAAAAAUCGUGAACUUAAUUGA